AUGGCCGCUCAGUGUGAACCCUUAAGCGGAUACUUACAGCAGUCUGAUCCGGGCUCCAACAGCGAGCGCAGCGCCGAUUCCCCUCUGCCCGUGUCUGAGGAUGACUCCAGCGGACCCACUGCACCUCCGGACCCCGAGUGGACCGAGGAGAGGUUCCGAGUGGACCGGAAAAAACUGGAGAUCAUGUUAUUAGGUAAAACUUGUGAACCCUUAAGCGGAUACUUACAGCAGUCUGAUCCGGGCUCCAACAGCGAGCGCAGCGCCGAUUCCCCUCUGCCCGUGUCUGAGGAUGACUCCAGCGGACCCACUGCACCUCCGGACCCCGAGUGGACCGAGGAGAGGUUCCGAGUGGACCGGAAAAAACUGGAGAUCAUGUUAUUAGCUGCCACGGAGGGGCGAGUCAACGGAGGUGAGGACUUCUUUCAAAAGGUCAUGGAGGAGACAGAUACUCAGAUUGCAUGGCCUUCCAAGCUAAAGAUCGGUGCCAAGUCAAAGAAAGAUCCACAUAUCAAAGUUAGUGGUAAGAGGGACAAUGUGAAGGAAGCCAAGGAGAAGAUCAUGUCUGUCCUGGACACUAAGAGCAAUCGCGUGACUCUAAAGAUGGACGUCUCACAUACCGAGCAUUCACAUGUCAUCGGCAAAGGAGGAAACAAUAUCAAGAAGGUGAUGGAGGACACGGGCUGUCACAUCCACUUCCCCGACUCCAACCGCAACAACCAGGCUGAGAAGAGCAACCAGGUGUCCAUAGCUGGCCAGCCAAGGAUGUUAAAAUCACAAAACAUUAGGGUUAGGGAGCUGCUCCCGCUGGUGUUGAUGUUCGAGCUGCCAGUCAUAGUGCAGCUGAACCCUGACCCCAGCUCUCCUGCCAUCCAGCACAUCUCCCAGACAUACAACAUCUCUGUGGCCUUCAAACAGAGGUCCAGACUCUAUGGAACGACAGGAGUGGUGCGGGGCUCACAGAAUAAUGCUGCGGCCGUGAAGAGGGGCACAGCAGUGUUACUGGAGCAUCUCGUGGGCAGCCUGGCCAGCGCCAUCACAGUCAGCACACAGCUUGACAUCGCGCCCCAGCACCACCUCUUCAUGAUGGGCCGCAAUGGCAGCAACAUCAAGCACAUCAUGCAGCGCACAGGAGCGCAGGUCCACUUCCCAGACCCAAACUGCCCGCAGAAGAAAUCCACCGUCUACGUGCAGGGAACCAUUGACUCUGUGUGUCUGGCUCGCCAGUACCUGAUGGGCUGCCUGCCACUGGUGCUGAUGUUUGAUAUCAAAGAGGACAUCGAGGUGGAACCGCAGUGCAUUACUUCCCUAACGGAACAGCUUGAUGUGUUCAUUAGUGUCAAACCCAAACCCAAGCAACCUAGCAAGUCAGUGAUAGUGAAGAGUGUGGAGAGGAAUGCUCUGAACAUGUAUGAAGCCAGGCGUUAUCUGUUGGGUUUGGAGAGCAGUGGCGUAUCAGUCCCUACCAGCAGCAUCACCAGCAGUAACAGCAGCAGUCCUCUGUCUGGCCCUGCUCCACCUCCGCCUCUCAGCUGCCCUGUUGGCCUCGACAUCCUGGCCUCUGCCGGCCUCGGCCUCACCAGCCUGGGUUUCUCAUCGCCCUUGAUGAUCCACCCAGCCACCCAGGCCACUCUAACCAGCAUCUUGCUGUCAGGGGUGCCGGGCUACACCCAGAACACUCCGUCCCCUCCGCCUGGUCUUGCCCCCAUAGAAGCCCAAGUCAACGGAGUAUCAGACUGCAGUAACGCUGUGUGCUCCCUUAGUAGCAAACAGCCCAGGACCAUGUACAGCAGAAUGUCUGCAGCAUCUCUGGCAGAUAAAGUUCUGACCGCAGCUCAUGGCGACUCUGUACAGGAAGCCAGUCCCCACUGCCCUUCUGAACCGCUGUCCAGCAAAUCCAGCCAAGACCAAGGAUCGGAUACGUUCGUGGAGGUGGGCAUGCCUCGAAGCCCCUCUCACUCGGGAAACAGCAAUGAACUGAAGCAGAUGUUGGCAUCUUGUAAGACGACGUCAGGAAAGAGGCAAGCCCUGGAGCUGCUUCAGGGCACCAAGAACUCCCUCCUACAUUCAGACUGUCUGUUGUCAGACUCUGACUCCAGUGCCUCAGAGAGUCCGGUGGCUGAUAAACGCGCUCCAGGCAGUGAAAGAGCAGCCGAACGGGCCGCUCAGCAGAAUUCAGACAGAAUCUUCCUGCCGCACCAAUCCUCCUUCUCCAGCAUGCAGGCGUUCGAUUACGAGCAAAAGAAGUUAUUGGCAACCAAAGCCAUGUUAAAGAAGCCAGUGGUGACAGAGGUCCGUACCCCUACUAACACGUGGAGCGGUCUGGGCUUCUCAAAGUCUAUGCCUGCAGAAACUAUUAAGGAGUUGCGCAGGGCAAACCACGUAUCUUAUAAACCCACCAUGUCAACUACAUAUGAGGGGUCGCCUCUAGCCUUGUCCCGCUCCAACAGUAGAGAGGGGGUGGCCAGUGGCAGUGACUCGGAUAACUGGAGGGAAAGGAAUGGGAGCGGGCUCCCAGCACACAGCGACUUUCCCUCUCCCAUCAGCCCAAAAAGAAAGCAGAACAAAACAGAGCACUACCUAAGCAGCAGUAACUACAUGGACUGCAUCUCGUCGGUGACGGGAACUAAUGGCUGUAAUCUCAACACAUCUUUCAAAGGAUCAGAUCUGCCUGAGCUCUUCAGUAAACUUGGCCUCGGGAAAUAUACCGACGUCUUCCAACAGCAGGAGAUUGACCUUCAGACAUUCCUCACACUGACCGAUCAGGACCUGAAAGAGCUCGGCAUUACUACAUUCGGAGCCCGCAGGAAAAUGCUGCUGGCCAUCUCAGAGCUGAACAAGAACCGAACGAAGCUCUUUGAGCCGCCCAACAUCCGCUCAUCAUUCCUAGAAGGGGGCGCCAGCGGUCGACUGCCACGCCAGUUCCACACAGACAUUGUCAGUGUGAGUGGGCGCUGGUGAGCCCAUGCCAAUGCAUCAACGGACAGCCUGAAACUGCACAAAUUCCCAUUCCCAACUCCAACCUGAUAUACAGUACUGGACCAAAACCCGGACCUUCUGAAUCUGUGCCAAAUAAACAAAGUCCAUGGAUCAGAGGUUAAGGGUCAAAGAACUGUUGAAUAUUAUAUGCAAUAUGGUACUCGUGUUACAAUGAAGGAAAUGUAGUGAAGGAUCAUUGGAGCUCCUGCACUGUGCUUGUAUAUGGAGCAGGCAGAUUUUAUUUAUAUGCUCAUCUUAGGCUUCGACAUACUAAUUCUUUGCACUUUAAAAAAUGCUAAAUAUUUUGUCCAUGGGCAGAUUUGCCUGACUAGACGUGCAUGGAUUUUAUCUAAAGCACUUAAAUGGAUAUCAAGCCAAAGUGUUCUGCACAAAAUAUCCAUAAGGGAAGCUUAUCUCAUCCCACAGUGAAAUCACCAGCCUGUUGUUAUUACUUAUGGAUCUUAGUCAGAGUAG